ACCAGCCAGCCAUCUCAAACAGAGCCAAAACCAAAAAUUUAGGGGUCUUUAGAGCAGACUAUUUUCUUUUCUCCUUUUCAGUCCACUACGCUUCCCUCUCUUCGUGAUCAGAAAUUUAUAUUAUUAAGGAAAAUUUUACAAUUUCUCCUUGGAAAAUUAAAAUUUCUAUCGUCAUUUUCACCUUGAUCGCCUACUGUCACUUGGUCCUGCACACAUUCACUUAACUCGUUGUAUUUGGAUCAUAUCUCAUAGCAAAUUCUGAUUAUUUUCUUUUUUGGGGUUUUUGGUUUUGUCUUUUGCCUCAAAUUUGUGGGGGAAGAUUUGGUAAUUUGUGGAAGUUUCGUGAGAAUUCUGGCUGAUUCUUUAAUUUUAAGAUUUUGUUAUGUCUGAUUAUUGGAGGAAUAUUUGGUGAAUUUUGGGGUUGUUUGAGGUUUGGGUUGAUUGAGUUGGAGAACAUUGGUAUCUUCUGUGAUUUCUUUAGGUUAAUUGUGAUCUGCUUGGCGGUAUUACAAUUCAACGGUUUGGAUCCGAUCGGGGGAGAAACAGCGCCAUCAGAUGGCGCUGUUCAGACGUUUCUUUUACCGGAAGCCGCCGGAUCGGCUUCUCGAGAUCUCUGAGAGAGUCUAUGUGUUUGAUUGUUGCUUCUCCACUGAUGUAUUGGAAGAAGACGAGUACAAAGUGUACUUGGGCGGCAUUGUGGCACAAUUGCAGGAUCAUUUUCCUGAUGCUUCCUUCAUGGUUUUUAACUUUAGAGAAGGGGACAGGCGAAGUCAAAUAUCAGACAUUUUAUCUCAAUACGAUAUGACAGUCAUGGAUUAUCCUCGUCAAUAUGAAGGGUGUCCCAUGCUUCCGCUGGAAAUGAUCCACCAUUUCCUUCGAUCUAGUGAAAGUUGGUUGUCUUUGGAGGGGCAACAAAAUGUUUUGUUAAUGCACUGUGAAAGAGGAGGAUGGCCUGUCUUGGCAUUCAUGCUUGCAGGUCUUUUGUUAUAUCGGAAACAGUAUAGCGGGGAGCAGAAGACUCUUGAAAUGGUCUACAAGCAAGCUCCUAAAGAACUUCUGCACCUUUUGUCUCCUUUAAAUCCACAACCUUCUCAACUAAGAUAUCUGCAGUACAUUUCUAGAAGAAAUUUUGGUUCUGAGUGGCCUCCAUCUGAUACGCCUUUGGUUUUAGAUUGUCUGAUGCUUAGGGCCCUUCCAAUAUUCGGCGGUGGGAAGGGUUGUAGGCCCGUUGUACGUGUUUAUGGUCAGGAUGCUAGAAAGCCAGCCAAUAGAACUUCUAAGCUUCUGUUCUCAACUUCCAAGGCGAAAAAACAUCUUCGGCACUAUUCACAGGACGAGUGUCUGCUAGUGAAAAUAGAUAUAAGAUGCCGCAUUCAAGGGGAUGUUGUUCUUGAAUGCAUACAUUUGGAUGAAGAUCUUGUCCACGAGGAGAUGAUAUUUAGAAUUAUGUUCCACACGGCAUUUGUUAGAGCAAAUAUUCUGAUUCUCUGUCGUGAUGAAAUUGACAUUCUCUGGGAUGCCAAGGACCAAUUUCCAAAGGAGUUUAAGGCAGAGGUACUUUUUGCGGAUCGUGAUGCUGUGAUCCCUAAACUCACUACAGUUAAUGCAAACGAGGAUGAUAAUGAGGCAGAUACUGCUUCACCCGAGGAAUUUUUUGAGGCUGAGGAGAUAUUCAGCAAUGUGAUAGAUGCACGGGAAGCAAAGAGUGACAAUGAUACUCACGUAGACCAUGACAACAUGUCAGUUGGUAUAGAACAUAAAGAAGUCUUUAGGGACUCAUUUGAUGACAGGAAUCACAAAGAGGAUGGAAGGAUGGAUAGUACUGCUGAUGCAGUGAAGGAUAUUGGUGUUGAUGAUGUGAAGUACAAGGUUGAUGAGAUGGUGGAUCCUGAUCUUCAAGCAGUGAAGGAUAUAGCUGUGGAUGAUGGAGAUAUGAAGUUAGAUCCCACGGUUGUUGCUGUUGAUAUGUUGAGUAAUAAUGCAAUAAAGGAAGUGACUGAAGAUGCAAGUGGAGAAUUCAAAGAUAUGGAAGAUAAGGCUAAUGGAGGAAACAGUACCACAAAAAUGUGGGGAUCCAAGCUUCCACAUAUAAAGUUAAGUGUUGAUCAUGGUAGACAAAAGGUUGAGAAGGUAGUGCCACCUUCCCCUAAGAGACAACCUACUUCGAACACAAAACCUGUUGUUGCGGAUUCAGCUGCAGUGAAACAAAAAAUCAAACAGCUUGAACCGCUGGGAACUAAUGGAAAACAAGCAAGGCCAAGUACUGUACCCCGUUGGAUAACCCCUAAUAAAGCUCCUUUUGCUAAUUCAAUGCAUGUAGCACAUCCGCCAUCUAGAUAUAAUAGUGCACCAUCUGCUCUUGCCCUUGUUGCUUCUCCGAAGGAUUCAAAUGCUGAUUCCCAUGUAAAGGCUUCUUGUGAUACCACUAUUCCUGCAGAUUUAACUACAAAUGAGCUUACUUCCCCUCCAGUUGUAUUGCCACCUUUGGGUGCAACAAAACUUGUGCCUCCCCCACCCCCACCUCCACCUCCGCCUCCGCAUCCACCACAUUUGAGCAAUAUUUCUGCCCAAGACUUUAGUAGAAGCUCCACCUCCACCCCCACCCCCCUCCACCUCCACCCCCCACCCCCACCCCCCACCCCCACCCCCACCUAUCCACAUCAUUUAACUACGGCAGAAUCUCCACCUCCACCCCCUCCCUCUCCCCCUCCUCUUGCUUCAUCUAAUAGGCAAAAAAUUGGAAUGGCAUUACCUCCAACGCCACCUCCACCCCCUUGGAAAUAUGAGAAUACUUCAUUUGCCCCUCCUUCAACUUCAACUUUUCCUCCUCCAAAUUCUGUUAGCAUUUCAACAAUUACAAAGGUUGGUAUAGUUGGACUUCCUACUCCACCUCCACCUCCGCCGCCUCCUCCACCACCUAUGCGUGGUACUGCUCCAACAAUGCCCCCACCUCCUCCCCCACCGCCAUUGCCAGGACGUGCACCUCCACCACCACCUCCUUUGCCAGGACUUGGAGCUCCACCGCCUCCACCACCUCCACCACCUCUACCUGCACAGAAAGCUUCGCCACCACUAUCACCAUCUCUGAGAAGUGGUGCUCCUCCUCCUCCUCCUCCUCCAUUGUGUGGACCCCCGCCACCUCCACCACCACCAGGGCGAGGAGCCCCACCUCCACCACCACCACCAGGGCGUGGAGCCCCACCUCCGCCACCGCCACCAGGUCGUGGAGUGCCACAGCCACCACCUCCUCCUGGAGGUAGAGGUCCGCCUCCCCCACCGCUGCCUGGAGGUAGAGGUCCGCCUCCCCCACCUCCUCCUGGAGGCUGUGUUCCUGGUCCUCCUGCUCCACCUGGAGGUCCAGGUGGUGGACCCCCUCCACCUCCUCCCUUUGGUGGCAAAGGAGCUGCAGCUGAUACGAGAGGCCUAGCUUCUGGAAGAGGACGUGGUCGUGGUUCAGGGAUGGGUUCAGCUGCUGGAGCACCUAGAAGAUCAUCCUUAAAGCCUUUGCAUUGGAGCAAGGUAACAAGGGCACUGCAAGGAAGUUUGUGGGAGGAGCUGCAGAGACAUGGGGAGCCCCAAAUUGCGCCCGAAUUUGAUGUGUCAGAGCUAGAGACCCUUUUUUCUGCAACAGUCCCUAAAUCUGCUAGUUCAGGAGAUAAAGAUGGGGGAAGACGCAAGUCUGCUGGAUCAAAAACAGACAAAGUUCACCUGAUUGACCUGAGGAGGGCCAAUAACACUGAAAUUAUGCUCACAAAAGUUAAGAUGCCACUGUCUGACAUGAUGGCUGCAGUUCUAGCUAUGGAUGACUCAAUAUUAGAUGCCGACCAAGUGGAAAAUCUAAUAAAAUUCUGUCCUACUAAGGAGGAGAUGGAACAACUCAAGAAUUACACUGGCGACAAGGAGAACCUGGGAAAGUGUGAACAGUAUUUUCUGGAGCUGAUGAAGGUGCCUCGUGUUGAGUCGAAAAUGAGAGUAUUUUCUUUCAAGAUUCAGUUCGGCUCUCAGAUAUUGGAAUUUAAAAAGAGCCUGAACACAGUAAACUCUGCAUGUGAAGAGGUUCGAAAUUCCCUCAAGUUGAAGGACAUUAUGAAGAAGAUCCUUUAUUUAGGGAAUACACUGAACCAAGGAACUGCAAGGGGUUCAGCAAUUGGAUUUAAGUUGGACAGUCUUUUAAAACUUACUGAUACACGUGCUUCUAACAGCAAAAUGACACUUAUGCAUUACCUUUGCAAGGUACUUGCAGCGAAGUCCCCAACGCUUCUAGAUUUUCACCUGGAUCUUGUUAGCCUUGAACCUGCAACUAAGAUACAAUUAAAGUCUUUAGCAGAAGAAAUGCAAGCUAUAAUCAAGGGGCUAGAAAAGGUGAAACAGGAGUUGGCGGCAUCAGAAAAAGAUGGUCCUGUAUCUGAAGUUUUCCGAAAGACAUUAAAAGAAUUCAUUUCUGUUGCUGAGACGGAGGUAGCUUCUGUGACAAAUCUAUACUCUGUUGUGGGUAGAAAUGCAGAUGCACUUGCACUAUAUUUUGGUGAGGAUCCAGCUCGUUGCCCAUUUGAGCAAGUUACUGCAACCCUAUUAAAUUUUGUGAGGUUGUUUCGGAAAGCACAUGAAGAGAAUUUAAAACAGGCUGAAUUAGAAAAGAAGAAAGCUGAGAAGGAGGCUGAAAUGGAGAAGGCGAAAGGAAUUAAUCUUACCAAGAAGAGUGAGAAGUAGCUGUGAAUUCAUUUCUUCCUUCCCCCCACACAGCAGUUUGAGCUCCUCCACUAUGCAGCGACUCGUGCCACAAUGUUUUUUAAGUGACAGAGAAAAAUGCUGUUGAGGAUUGUUUGGAAGUUCAUUAAAUCCUCAGCUCCAUCAUUGUCCAUUGUAGUGUGAAUUAAGCCUCACAAGGUAAAUAUAGGCGAAAGGUAAAAAAUGCUAUUCCUAGAGGCUUGUGGAGCUUAAACCUUGCAAACGGCUCAUUCAAUCGGAUGAUGAUGAUGGCUGAUGAGUCGAACACAUAGAGAUAUUUACACAAAUCAUAGAUUUUCCAAAUCAAGUGGUCACACUCAUGCUGGUGUAGCAAAUAUCCUCUGCAUGAUGUAUUGAGAUGAUGGAUAUGGCCCUCUCUGGCAUUGUUUUCUAAGAAAUUUUGUAGUCUGGGUCAACCCUCUACAGCAGCUGAUAGAUGAUUUGGUUUACAGCUUUCAUCAUUGGCUUGGCAGAAUUUUUUCAGCACCAGAUCGAAUGCCACGUGUAAAGCACAAAUCUUCUCUGUAUCAUGAAACCGUGUACAAAGCUCUAACCCUUCCCUAACAUUAGAUUAAAUUCUUUCCUUGUAACAUAUAGGGCUGUUUUUUAUGUUCCCAUCUUUUAGUUUGGUUUCUAAUUGAAAUUUUGACAUAACCCGUCCCGAAGUAUGUUGUAUAGGUGUUCAGGUUCAGAUAGAGCAAUUAGAAGACGAGCUGCUUUUAGUGCAACUGUAAUAUAACAUUGAAAUAUAGGUUGCAGGUUGAAAUUUUAUUUGUUUCUUCAAUCUUCUCCAGUUUGUAA